UCCGGCCCGGACCGUGCGUCGCCCCCCGCCCGCCGGCCCGUCCGCUGCAGCGCGGCGCGCGCGGCUGCCCGCGCCCGUCUGCCUGCCCGACCCGCGCCCGUCCGUGCAGCGGCGCCCGAGGAGCCGCCGAUGCGGCCGGAGCCGCGGAGUUAAGUUCGGGGCUCGAGCUCGCGCCCGCACCGCGCCCCAAUCUCGGAGCGGCUCUCGCGCCCCGGGCCCCGCCGCGGCGGGGGAGGGGCGGGGGCCACCAUGGCCGAGGCGCCCCCGGUGGUGGAGAUCGACCCGGACUUCGAGCCGCUGCCCCGGCCGCGCUCGUGCACCUGGCCGCUGCCCAGGCCGGAGUUCGGCCAGUCCGCCUCGGCCGCCCCCAGCCCGGCGCCGUCGGGCGGCGCGGCGGCGAACCCGGACGCCGCCCUGGGCCUGCCCCCCGCGCCCGCCGCGCCCGGCGCCGACUUCAUGAGCGGCUUGAGCCUGCUGGACGACGGCGGCGACUUCCCGCGGCCGCCCGGCUCCGCGGCGGCGGCGGCAGCGGCGGCGGCGGCCGUGGCGGCGGCGGCGGCGGCGGCAGCGGCUGCCGCCACCCCCCCGCCCGGGGCGCUGUGCGGGGACUUCCCGGGCCCCGAGCCCGGCCGCCUGCACCCCGCGCCGCCGCCCGGGCCGCUGGCGCCGCACCCGCCCGUGCCCCCCGCCGCCGCCGCCGCGCCGCUGGCUGGCCAGCCGCGCAAGAGCAGCUCGUCGCGCCGCAACGCGUGGGGCAACCUGUCCUACGCCGACCUCAUCACCAAGGCCAUCGAGAGCUCGGCCGAGAAGCGGCUCACGCUGUCGCAGAUCUACGAGUGGAUGGUCAAGAGCGUGCCCUACUUCAAGGACAAGGGCGACAGCAACAGCUCGGCCGGCUGGAAGAAUUCAAUCCGUCAUAAUCUGUCUCUACAUAGCAAAUUUAUCCGCGUGCAAAAUGAAGGAACUGGAAAGAGUUCUUGGUGGAUGCUCAACCCAGAGGGAGGCAAGAGCGGGAAGUCGCCCAGGAGAAGAGCCGCCUCCAUGGACAACAACAGUAAAUUCGCUAAGAGCCGUGGCCGAGCUGCCAAGAAGAAAGCGUCCCUGCAGUCUGGCCAGGAGGGCGCGGGGGACAGCCCUGGCGCUCAGUUCCCCAAGUGGCCUGCAAGCCCCGGCUCCCACAGCAACGAUGACUUCGACAACUGGAGCACCUUUCGCCCUCGGACCAGCUCGAACGCCAGCACGGUGAGUGGGCGGCUCUCCCCCAUCAUGACCGAGCAGGAUGACCUGGCGGACGGGGAUGUGCACUCGAUGGUGUACCCACCAUCCGCGUCGAAGAUGGCCUCCACACUGCCCAGUCUGUCUGAGAUCAGCAACCCCGAGAACAUGGAGAACCUUCUGGAUAAUCUCAACCUCCUCUCCUCACCCACGUCACUGACCGUCUCCACCCAGUCCUCGCCGGGCGGUCUGAUGCAGCAGGCCCCCUGCUACUCCUUUGCUCCGCCCAGCACCAGUCUGAACUCGCCCAGCCCCAACUACCAGAAGUACUCGUACGGCCAGUCCAGCAUGAGCCCGUUGCCUCAGCUGCCGAUGCAGAGCCUCCAGGACAGCAAGCCCAGCUACAGCGGCAUGACACAGUAUAACUGUGCACCGGGGCUCUUGAAGGAGCUGCUCACCUCAGACUCUCCUCCCCAUAACGACAUCAUGACCCCGGUUGACCCUGGGGUGGCCCAGUCCAACAGCCGAGUCCUUGGCCAGAACGUGCUGAUGGGCCCGAACCCAGUCAUGCCGUCCUACGGCAGCCAGGCAUCUCACAACAAAAUGAUGACUCCCAGCUCCCAUACCCACCCUGGACACGCCCAGUCGGCCUCGGCGGCCAACGGGCGGCCCUUGGCCCACGUCGGCACCAUGCCCCACACCUCGGGGCUGACCCGCCUGGCGCCGGUGAAGACCGCCUUACAAGUGCCUCUGCCCCACCCCAUGCAGGUGAACGCGCUGGGGGGCUACUCCGCGGCGAGCAGCUGCAAUGGCUAUGGCAGGGUGGGCCUCCUGCACCAGGAGAAGCUCCCGAGCGACCUGGACGGCAUGUUCAUCGAGCGCUUGGACUGUGACAUGGAGUCCAUCAUCCGGAAUGACCUCAUGGAUGGAGAUACGUUGGAUUUUAACUUCGACAACGUGCUGCCCAACCAAAGCUUCCCGCACAGUGUCAAGACGACCACGCACAGCUGGGUGUCGGGCUGAGCACCGAGCAGGCUAUGCUUAAAAGUCCUUAAGAUGGUCUAACAGCAGGAACUGAGGGAAACAGUCCAAAGAUGUCCUUCACCCCUCCUUUCAUUUUCUUGAUUAAAAAAAAAAAAAAGCAUUUCUUUUUUUCCUUUCGUCAGACUUGGCAACGAAGACACUUUUCCUGUACAGGAUGUUUGCCCCGUGUUUGCAGGUUAUGUGCUGCUGUAGAUAAGGACUGUGCCAUGGAAGUUUCAUGACAAUGAAGUGCCAAACUCACUACACCGUAGAACUGCAGAAAAGACUUUCCAGAUCCUGGUGUGCUUUCAAGUUUUGUAUAUAAGCAGUAGCUGCAGAAUUGUAUUUGUAUGUGUGUGUAUUUUUUUUUUAAAUCUCCAUUUGGUCCAAGAAAAGUUUAUACUCUUUGUAAUACUGUGAUGGUCUCAUGUCCUUGAUAAGUUAAACUUUCCUUUGUACUACCUGUGUUCUGCUGAACUGAUGUAUCACAAAGAACUAAGUUCUCCAUUCUGCACCUCCGUUGAACAGUUUUGACCUAUUCAUACUGCCACAUAAUUCACAUGAGAACCAGUAGCCUGUUAUCAAUCUGCUGAACUAAUGGACUUGUCAAACUUUGGGGGAUAGGGUGGGG